AUGGUGCUAACAUCAACGGCAGUCAAUUACAAUACUUCCGUUUCUGCAACAACUCCUAUCAGUUUCAUGGUCGAGGCAAAUAGUUUGUUAAACAGGGUUCUAAUCACAAUUUCUGCGAUUCUCACUUUGUUGAGUACAACUGUUAUUUUCGUUACAUAUAUCGCAUGGAAGGAUUACCGAUCAACCUCAAGAAGAAUUCUUGUUUAUAUCUCCAUCGCCGACUUCUUACUUGCUUCAAGUAACUUGUUUGGAGUGUGGAAGCCACACGAUAGAAGUGGAAGGAUUUGCAAGAUACAAGCCUGUGCCUCUGCUUGCGCUUAUUUAUGGUCGGUUCUUUGGACAACAUUUCUUUCCGUUUUCUUGUACACCACUGUAGCGAAGAGACAGCAUCGCAAAGGAGAGAUCAUGCUCAAAGUUUUUCAUGUCUUUGGAUGGGGAGUUCCUUUGAUUAUCGUGGGAACUGCUUUAGGACUAAACAAACUGGGAAACAACAGCAACACUCUGACAUCCGGUUGGUGUUGGCUAGACUCAAAUCUGAGAAGAGGUGAUUUGCACUUAUGGCUUUGGCUUAUAGGAAUAGCUUGGGACAUUGCCGCUUUUGUGCUUGUCACGGCGUUCUACUUGAUGUUGAAAUGUCAUAUUCGAGAGCAGGUA